GAACAGAUGAAGCUGAAUAGCAGCUUGCAAUCCUACCUGAGCUGUGUUGAUAUAUCCCUACAAGGUCAAACCACGGUUGGCCAAGGAACAAUCCUGUCGCCCCAUCAGACAAGUACACAGUUCUAUCAUUCGUCCCACAGUAGCGCCACGCCAAUCCACACUCCAACUCCGACGCCCACUCCAACACCAACACCUACACCAACUCCUACCUCCGAGAUGCUACCAGGGGGGCACAGCUUGACCAGAGAAAGCCCUUGUUCUCGAAUGGCACCUGUUACCCCAGUGGAUAGCAUUUUAGGCGGGCGCCAUACACCCAUCAGCACUCCACUGUCAAACUGCAGCAGCAGUGUUCCUCCGAGCCCCAUCGAAUGCCGCAAUCCCUUUGCAUUCACUCCAAUAAACUCCAGUAUAACUGGAUAUCAUGAUGGUAGCGUUGUGUCCAGCAGCCCAGUAAAACCCAUGCAAAGGCCAAUGGCCACCCACCCAGAUAAAGCUAAGCUGGAGUGGAUCAACAACAGGUACAACAGCACCGCAGGGUCUCCUGUUAUAUCCACCAACGCUACCAUUGGUAUCCUGCCCAGUUACCAGGAUCUGGUCGAGGACCACUUCCGUAAACCACACGCUUUUGCCAUCCCAGGUCAAUCUCUCCAGUCUCAGUCAAGGCAUCAGGACGGAAACUUGGGAAGGCUAACAACCAUUUCUCCAGUGCAACAAGGACAGCAAACCACCCUUAGUAGCAAG